CUCUGAACCUGCUGCAGCUAUAAAUUAGAGAGUCCCUCCUGCUUGCGAUUUAUCUCACUAUCUAAACAUUUUCAGGUAACGCUUUAGCACAGUUUAGCUAUUCAUGGCGGCGGCAAAUCAUAACCCCUUCGUCAAUGAGACCUCUUUUUACAAUCAAAUGGUUCUGAGUCACCUUUUGCCUUCGAGUCUGUGGGAACCUUUACCACAUUUCCUCCAGACAUGGCUCCGGAAUUACCUCGCCGCAAACAUGCUCUACUUCAUCUCCGGCUUCCUCUGGUGCUUCUACAUCUACUACGUUAAACUCAACGUUUACGUCCCCAAAGAAUCUAUCCCUACAAGAAAGACAAUGAUUAAGCAUAUAUCUGUGGCAAUGAAGGCUAUGCCUUGGCAAAGUCUUCUUCCAACUGUCACUGAGUAUAUGGUCGAACAUGGUUGGACCUUAUGUUACUCUACAGUUGACCAUUUCAACUGGUUCCUCUGUUUCCUCUACAUAGCUCUCUAUCUUGCUUUAGUUGAGUUUGGGGUUUAUUUUAUUCACAAAGAGCUUCAUGACAAUAAAUUUCUCUAUAAACAUCUCCAUGCGACCCAUCACAUCUACAACAAGCAAAAGACAAUCUCUCCAUUUUCUGCGUACGCAUUCCACCCGUUGGACGGGAUAAUUCAGUCACUACCGCACGUGAUAUCGCUGUUCAUCGUGCCCAUUCAUCUCAGAUCACACCUGAUUCUUCUGUUUUUGGAAGGGUUAUGGACAGCAAACAUCCAUGACUGCAUCCACGGCGACAUCUGGCCAGUAAUGGGUGCUGGAUACCAUACCGUACACCACAAGACAUACAAGCAUAACUAUGGUCACUACACCAUAUAUAUGGAUUGGAUGUUUGGCUCUCUUAAGGCUCCUUUAGCAGAAGAAGAAGACAGUUUCAAGGAGAAAUAAAAAGUGUGAAUGUUCAAUGCUCAUAUGUCUCUUCUUCAUAUGAUCAUAUGUCUCUUUUCAUAUGUUACGUUGUUGUUGUCGUGACUCUUAAACCUUUACAAUCACUUUGUUGUACUUAAAUAAAUAGACAUGUGUAUGUUGUAAUCACUCUUAAACCUCUUUCUAUGUUGUAAUAAAGUACAUUAUAUAGAUAUUA